UAUACGGGAAAAACAAUAUUUAGAUAAGAGGACGGAUAAAAUAUGUUUCUGACCAACUAUUUCAGCUGCAACAGAUAAUCAAGUCAUCAGGAAAUAAUGAAUAAUUUGUAAGGAGAGCAGCAGAUUUGACCAAGAAACACUGAACAGACUGGACGAGAAUGGAUGAGAUAAUAGAAUUAUCCAACUGUCAUGAGCAAGGUAUCAGUCUUUCUGACUGUCCUAACCUGAGAAUUGUCCUGAUUGGAGUGACAGAAUCUGGGAAAAGUGCUGUUGGUAAUGCCAUUCUGGGCAAGAAAGCCUUUGAUGAGGUCGGUGUAAAGACCCGGAUGAGUUUCCCGUGCCAGGGUCUUGUGAGAGGACAGGAGGUGCUGGUGGUUGACACCCCAGGUUGGGAAUGGUUCAAUGUCAAUGGCUCCUCUGCAUCAGUAUGGUCAGUGAAGAAGGAGAUAAUGAGGAGUAUGAGUCUGUGCCAGCCUGGCGCCCAUGCCCUGCUGCUGGUGGUGCCGCUGUCAUUCUCGUUCUCCCAGCGUGAACGUCGUGCCGUGGAGGAACAUGUAGAGCUGUUCGGUCCAGAAGCCUGGAGUUACAGCUUAGUCCUCUUCACCAUCUUAGACAGAAAGCAGUUACGUGGCUCCACCUUAAAGCAAGAAGUGAAGUUGAACGUGGAGCUGAACAGGCUGGUUGAGAAAUGCGGAGGCCGUUUCCAUGCUCUGUACAGCAAUCGCAAAGCAGGGGAGGACCAGGUGGCCGGUCUUCUGACUAAGAUCAAGACAAUGAUGGAUACCAAUGAAGAGUCUAUGAUCUCCAGUGAGAAGGUGUUGGAACAGGCCAGAGAAAUGGAGAAAGAAGAGGUGAGAAAAUUGAAGGAAGAGCUUAAGAGAGAUGAGCAAAUACAACAAGUGAGAGAAGCAAUGAAGGCAAAGCAGUUAAGAAGGUCGAGAAGGAGAACGGACCAACACACACUGGAUGAAACGGAACAGAAACACUCAGCUAGGUACAGUACCAGCAGUGACCAGCCUCUCAGUGACAGAAGUACAUUUCUGCAAAGCUGCAAACAACAGUGAACGUUGGAAAAGCACCUCACUUAAAACACCAUUAUCCACCACUGCAACUUCCACAACUCACCACCAGAGGCCAUCAUAACUUCGCAUCUGAACCUGAUCCAGUCAGCACAGUUAUAACAACCUGUGAUAUUAAAGCAACUUACAAAUGAGGAACAUAAACUUCUUUUUUUCUUAACCUUUUUUAACACUUAAAAACUCAGUCAUAAUAUAUGUUGCAAUGUUUUGCAUUUAAACUUUCCUUGCUGUGAAAAUACUCUGUAAAGGUAAACGAAUAUAUGUUUUAUAUAUCAAAUAUCAUAAUAUAUCAAAUUUUUAAAAAUGUUUAGUGUGUAUAAUGUGUUUGUGCAAUCCACAACAUUUUGCUCCUUUUUUGCUAGUUGUGGGGUUUUAAAAACAUUUGUUUUAAUAAUGUUUAAAUACUGAAAUGUGUGUGUGCGUUUAGAUAAAUUCAGUAUGCAAAAGUUGCCUGUGCUUCUUAUUUUUUUCUGCUUGUCUUUGAUGAGGAGCAUUUUGCAAGAUGUGACAUUUGUAAUCAUUCCUUUGCUGAAAUCAGUCUGUGGCUUUCAGAAUUUCCCUUCAUGCUUAUACACCCAUUUUAUCAUAUCACUUGAUCUGUCAAUUUUUAACUGAAGCACGUGAACCUCCCACCACUCCAAGA